GCGAGCUGCAAAUGUGAAUAAAUGCCGCGCGAGAAGGUAGGUCAAAAAACUCGAGCCCGUACCGCCGAGCGACGCACGCCUCUGUAGUCGUUGUGCAACCGCGCCGCGGCCGCCCUCAGAAUUAGUUAAACUAUCGCCGAUGUUCACGGCCGCUUUUUUCAAACAGCUUUUAGAAAAUUCGCGAUAAUAAGCAUCAGGGGAGCGAUUCACAGCGAGUUAACGACGCUUUCGCACGGCGCGCGGCCAUUCGCCAGUCGCCAGUCGCAGGCCGGCCGCAGUGGCGCACUCCUCGCCGACGUUUGCACACCACACGCGCAAAAACCGACGCCGCAACACUUUGGCAACGGAUCCUUUACAAUUGGGUUGGUCAACGCGGUGAAAGGCUGUCUGCGACUAUAAAAUAAAAAAAGAAAAUCAAAUCGGGCACAGUCUGUGCAAAAUGAGGUCUGUGCUGAUCCUCCUGCUCGCCCUGGCGGUGGCGGCCGUCGCCGAGUUCGGGGAAGAGCCCUGGGUGGAGGAGGAGGAGCUUGACGAGCCCUACAACGAGGAGGACUACCGCCACGAGCGCAAGACGCGCGCCGUCGACGAGGAGGAAGAACCCGUGCCCGACUGCCACAAGCGCGUGCGUCGCACCGCCGCCGCCGAACCGGAGCGUGGCCGGCGCCCGCGCCGCGUGCAUCAGUACGAGGUGCACGAGUACCACGAGGAAGCGCGGCCCGCGGCGCCCUACGAGGAGAUGCUGGCGGCGAGCGCCGACCACUACCACAGAGUGUACGCGGCGCCGCCCGGGCCUGUGCCGCGCCAUCUAGACGCCGAUGUGAGUCGCAGCCCCGGAACACCGGGCGCCCAUGUGCCGUCUCGUGAUCCCGCCCAGUUUGCGGCGGCUCCUGCAGCGCUAGCUUCCUUCCAAAAGACUCCCUUAAAUGUCGCUAACCCCGUACACGUGGCUAACUUCGCUUCGGAGUCGGGUCCGGGCCCGGUGGCGCAGGUGGCGGCCAGCGGGCUGGCGCCGGUAGCGAAAGCCGGCGGGCCGGCCGCGCGCCGUCUGGCCGAGGACCAGUUGGGCGCUGCGGGCGCGGCCGGCCACCGCCAGCAGCUGCGCGACGACAGCUGGUUCGCGCAGGGCGGUGGGCACGCCAACAAGGGACACCAUCACAACGAGCACGGCGGGAAGACAAGCAAGGGCUAUGACUCAGACCACUACGUAGACAAGGGUGCAAAGGGCUUCAAGAAGGACGAGAAGCACCGCAAGGAGUACGAGGAGGCUACGGGCAAGAAGAGCAAGCACCACGACCGCGCUGCGCACUCCGGAGAUCACGAGGAGGAGGCAUUCGGGCACAGGGGAUCCAACUUUGCUGAGAAGAAGGGACACAAGAAAGGCCACAAGACCAAGGGUUUCCACAAUAAGUACCACAAGGACGAGUUUAAGAAGGAGCACAAGUUCUACGACGACUUCCACAAGAGCGGCGAGCACCACCGCUUCGGCAAGUUCAACGCCAAGCACGCCGCCAACGAGAGCGGCAAGAAGCGCGCCCAUCACCUCAACGCCGGGCACGACUUCGUCGAGCACGGCAAGAAGGGAUACAGCAACAAGGGGCACAUCGACGCCGACCACAAAGGAUACAACGGCAAGAACGGGCACGAGGAGCAUCAUGAGAAUCACUCGCAGUACGGCAAGAAGGGGGGUCGGGGCGGGGGCAAAAGCUGGGGACACGACACAAAAAACUAGCCACACACAGCCUCGUCCGGCACAUCCUCGGCUGAAGUAUCCCAUACGACAUGGUGUUAUAUCGUAAACGUUUUGUUAGAAUUUGUAUACUGGGGCCAAAUAUAUCUUAUAGAAGUAAGUAAAGAAGUUAUGUUUAACUCGAUCGAAUUUAAGCGUAUGUGAUAUAGAAUCACGAGUAUUAUUUAGGAAAUGGUAUUUAAAUUAUAUUACUUGUAGUUGUUAGUUAUAGACAUGGAAUAUAUACCUCUUAUUAUUUAUCAAUUUUCAAGUUAAUAUUAGAUCCCAUGUGAACUACGAUGUAAGUGUCAUUUAACAAGAUAGUAAAGAUUUUCAGUAUGUUUAUGAAAGAAUAUACUAAAAUGUAAUAGAGUAAUCAGUCAAAUUACAGAAUCUUUUUAAGUAAAA